UCCCUCAGCAUCGAGCUUCUCUCUCUCUAUAUAACUCCCUCCUCUGCUUCCUCCUCUCUCUCUCUCUCUCUCUCUCUCUCUCUCUCUCAAGAUGGCAACCCUUUAUAGUAGAAUCGCCAUGGCUUAUGCUGUAAUUUUGUUCUCUAUCUAUUUAUCAACAGGAGUUGCUUCACUUGGGAUCAACUAUGGGCAAGUUGCCAACAAUUUGCCCCAGCCGGAGCGAGUUCUCGAGCUCUUGAGAUCCCUGAAGGUCACCAAGGCGAGAAUCUACGACACCAAUCCGCAAGUCCUGACCGCAUUCGCGAAUUCCAACGUCGAGCUCAUCGUGACCGUCGAGAACGACAUGCUGGGCCAGCUGAGGGAUCCCCAGCAAGCCUUGCAGUGGGUGAGCGCCCGCAUCAAGCCUUACUUCCCCGCCACGCGGAUCACCGGCAUCCAAGUAGGCAAUGAGGUGUUAACCGACCCGGACCCCACAGUCACGGCCAAUCUCGUGCCGGCGAUGGGUAGCAUCCGCGGAGCUCUAGUCCAGCUAGGGUUAGAUUCCUACAUCCAAGUCUCCUCCCCCAAUUCCUUGGCGGUCCUCGCCCAGUCGUUCCCUCCUUCAGCCGGUACCUUCAAGAGCGAAGUCUAUAGCGUGGUCUAUCAAUUCUUGCAAUUCUUAUCGACUACCAAGUCGCCAUUUUGGAUCAAUGCCUACCCGUAUUUCGCUUACAAGGACGACUCAUCCCAGAUAUCCCUCGACUAUGUGCUUUUCAACCCGAACCCGGGCAUGUUGGAUCCGUACACUAAAUUGCGCUACGACAACAUGUUGUAUGCACAAGCGGACGCGGUCACUUUCGCCAUGGCGAGAAUGGGUUUCGAAGGGAUCGAAGUUAGGGUUUCCGAGACCGGAUGGCCAUCGAAGGGCGACCCGGACGAGGUAGGCGCAACCCUCGAGAAUGCCGCGAUCUACAACAAGAACUUGCUGAGGAGGCAGUUGAAGAAUGAAGGGACGCCAUUGAGGCCUAACAUGAGGCUCGAGGUCUAUGUGUUCGCCUUGUUCAAUGAGGACCUGAAGCCAGGGCCAACUUCCGAGAGGAACUACGGACUUUUUCGGCCGGAUGGGACAAUGGCUUACAAUGUCGGCCUCUCCGCUCUGUCUACCUCGUCGUCCACCUCCUCAGCCUCCAUUUCUCUCACUUCUUCUGCCACGAAGGAUGCACGUAAGGAAUAUCAAAGCUUGGUCUACUGGAUGUUUGUGUUUUUGCUGACUUGUCAAGUUUUUAUUCGAAGACAGUUUUAAAUGCUGAUGGAGAGAUGUGUCGUUUGUACAUAUGUUGCUUCUGGUAAGAUUUACUGUAGGGUCUCUUCGUGUGCUCCAAAGUGUUACAUGGGUGGGUCCAAUUUCGUCGGUCCAUGCAUCACAAUAUUCGCAAAAGAGAGAGAGAGAGGAUAAACAACUCCAAUUAUAGGAGCACAUAAUCGAAGAGGAUUCAAAUCCUGAGCAAUUCAUUGUGCUAUUAUGACCUUCAUUAAUCAUAUGAACGAUUUAUUUUCCGAAUUUUGUCCGUCUCUGAUGAAAUUGAACUUUAUUUUCCGUCCACAUUAGUCGGCAACCGAGAAUGACUUUUUUUUUUUUU